AUGGUGACGCGGCCCAGCUGGGAGCAGGGCAAGCCUGUGUGCGCAGGCGCAGGGCCGAGCAGCUGCCUCCCCGCAGAACUGCAGACUGAGCGAAGGGCGCACGGCCAGACGUGGCCGCGGCUGGGCGACGGGGACGCGCCUUUCCCAGCCGCUCUAGGCCCUGCGGCGCUGUUCCAGGGUGGCAUUUGCCUAGGGCCCCGCAGCCCAUGUGCGCCUCGGGCUCCCUCCUGCCCCGCGAUCAGCGCCAGAGGCGGCACCGUGGCCACGGGCCCUCCGGGGGGACUGAUGCAGGGGGCUGGCCCUGGACGUACACGGGGCCUCCCAGAGAACGUGGAGCCGGCGGCCAUCCAAGCCGUCCUGCAGCCGGUCUUCCUGCCCCAGGGCACGUUCGGGCUGAGGAGCGCCAGGGCCAUGAGGGUCGAGAAGGCCAAGGCCACCGUGAUGGAGUUUGUGGAGAAAAUUAAUCAUGGCGCCAUCCCCAGGCAUCCGGGCAGGGAUGGCGUCUGGAGGGUUCUGUGCAAGGAAAGCGCAUGGGACACGAGGGUCCUGAGGCAGAUGAGACGGUGGCUGCUAUAUGAACUUCUCCCUCCCCGCGAGGCGGCAGUGGCCAGGGUCUCCGGAGACAGGUCCACCCCUCCCGCUUUGGAGACCCAGGCCCGCGGAUAGGAGCCGGCGGUCAGGCAGGCUGACCUCGCUCCUGGUGCAGCCAAAGAUGCUAGAACAUCCGGUCAUCGAGAUCGCUGAAACGGAACCAGAGGCAGCAGAUGGACCCAGAAGGGCAAGAAGAGGGACUGUGGAGGGCGGCCAUCCACAGCGGGGAAGCGGGAGUCCGAAGACUCUUCUGAGGAGAGCCUGGGGCUCGUGAUCCAGGAGAUGGACCGGGAGGGCCUAAGCGGGGAUGAGGGUCAUAGCAUGCUGCAGGCCGCUGAGGAGGAGGAGGGGUCGACUGAUCGGCCAUACUGGAGACACGUCGUGGGAGACACGUCGGAUGAGGAGACCACGGACAAGGACGCCUCCCAAAGCGAGUCCCAGGAAAACGGGGAUCAAGAAAAUCCUGAGUUUGUGGCCAUUGUGGCUUACACAGACCCCUCUGCCCAGGACGAGGUGUUGAAAAUCGCUUCAGUGAUGGAGUCCUGGGCUGAAGGACAAGGAAGACAAGAGACCCUGCUCCAGGUCCUGUCUGUCAUGGCCGAGGACACCUCGAACCACGUGAAGGUGCAGGAGGCAGGCCGCCAGGUGGCCACCGAGGUCCUGAGGAAGGCCAACGACAGCACCUGCUGGAAUGAGUGCGUCUCCACCAAGACUGAGCCCCAGACCCCCCCCCCAAAGGGGAAGAAGGCUCCCCGAGGCCCCCUGGGGAGCUGGGGGGAUGAGGAGGAAGAUGGGGGAGGGCUCCUGGAGCUCGCGGCGCUCCCGGAGACCUAGGACGUGGCUGAGGUGAUGAGGGGAAAAAAGGAAAAGGUCUGGGAGGGCGGGAGGUUGAUAUUCUCCAAAGGCCACCUGGGGGAGGCCUUGGCGCUGCAGGCCGCCCGCGGGAACCGGUAGUCGGAGGAGGCUUAGGACACAGGCUCGGAGGAGGCUUUGGAGGGCGCGGAGAGCGAGGAGUCCGAGUCCGAGGACCCGGCGGCCAGGAAGCCCCUGGCCAAGCGGGCCCGCACGGCCUGCAGGGCCCUGGGUCGAGCAGGCGGCGUCAGCUCCCGCCCCGUCAGGGACCCGCAAAGCCCGAGAGGAGGGGAGCGGCGGCCGAGGCUGGAGGGGCGCCGUCCCGAGACGAAAACCCAGGAGGAAGCGGCGGGAAGCAAGAGCAGGAAGGAGCGCGCGGGAGCCGGGACGCAGGCCGAGGCCGCCAGGGCUCAGCCGCCCGCGGGCUCCAAGUCGGCGCGUGGGAAGAAGACGGGUUGGGGCAGGAGGCUGCACCCCAUGUGCAGCUAG